UCUCUCUCUCAUGUGUGUGUGGAGCACAGAGGACAGCACACGCGCACACACGCAGGCGCUCGCCGACAUACCGACACACACUUUGGCGCUGCCGCCGCUGCUGCUGCUGUAUCACUGUAUCACACCAAUGUCAUUGCCGAGCUCGUGCUGAUGAGAGCCGCGCGCUCACUGACUGGCCGACUGACUGACUGACUGACUGACUGCUCUCCUCCAGGUCCGCUGCACCCACAGACACCCACCGACCCACCGGCAGACACCAGGCGGAGGACAGCCGGGGACGGGAUGCCUUUCUCGGAAGGAGAGUCCGGCGGCGGUGCCCGCGUGAGAGAGGGGACUCCGGAGCUCCUGCACCGGGAGACAACAAUACACACACGGCUGUCCGUGUGUCGUUAAUCGGUGAAAUAAUCACCUCUUAGCUCCACUGAUCCAUUGAUCCCACUGAUUGUUGAGUGGGACGGAAGAGAAGAGGGAGACCGAGCGCACCGGAGACACCGGGACCAUGAUCCGGAGCUGCACAGGGCUUAUCUCUGAGGGAUAGAACCGAGAGGAAGAAAGGGAAGAAGAAAUAAGAAAGGAAAAGGUUCUGAUCUUUUCUCCUCGUGCAGUAUACACUCACUGAUCCUAUUCAUCUAUUGAUCCAUUGAUCGGUGACUGUUUGUUUUGCGCACUGGGACCAUGAUCCGGAUUUGCUCGAGAGUUACAUCCGAUGGUUAGAGAAGAAGAGAAGAACAACAGAAAGAAGCUUGUUGUUUGUCUUCUGCUGCUGAAUCAAUAUCUCUAUCGAUCUCAGUGAUCGCAGUGAUCGGUGACUGGUCUGCGUUGGGAGGAAGAGGGAAAAGCGGAGGCUGGUUGUUGAACUAGACGCGGGAGCGCAUCGGAGGCGGCCGGGACCAUGAUCAGGAUCUUCCCGGAUUUCAGCGUCCAGGUGACGGCCUCGGCGGCCGGAGGAGCCGGGGCUGGAGGCGGAGGAGGAGGCGGUGGUGGCGGUGGGAUGGUGACCGGACCCCCGGUGGGUCGGGUGCCGGUGCCGGUCCCCGGAGCCACGAACGGGACCCCGCAGAGCGUGCAGGGAAUCACCGCCUACCAGCAAAGUGACCCCUACUGGGAGCGGCCGGCUAAUGCAGGCAGCUGCUCCGCCGCCCGGCCCAAGACCCUUCACCUGGCCGGCCAGCAGCAUACCUCCUCACCAUGGCUGCAGGCUCUGAGGAAGGAGAAGUCACGUGACGCGGCACGAUCGCGGCGGGGAAAGGAGAACUUUGAGUUUUAUGAAUUGGCCAAGAUGCUGCCGCUGCCGGGCGCCAUCACCAGCCAGCUGGACAAGGCCUCCAUCAUCCGGCUCACCAUCAGCUACCUGAAGAUGAGGGACUUCGCCAACCAGGGAGACCCGCCGUGGAAUCUGCGCAUCGAGGGACCACCGCCCAACACCUCCGUCAAAGCUAUCGGCACCCAGCGGAGGAGGAGUCCCAGCGUCAUCGCCUCAGAGAUCUUCGAACCUCACCUGGGCAGCCACAUUUUGCAGUCUCUGGACGGGUUUGUAUUUGCACUAAACAAGGAGGGACGCUUCCUCUACAUCUCCGAGACCGUCUCCAUCUACCUGGGACUGUCACAGGUGGAGCUGACUGGCAGCAGUGUGUUUGACUACAUCCACCCCGGCGAUCACGUGGAGAUGGCGGAGCAGCUCGGCAUGAAGCUUCCCCCGGGCCGAGGGAUGUCUCUGUCCCAGGGAGCCGUCAACGAGGAUGGGGCGUCUUCGGCUUCGUCAUCAUCGCACUCUGAGACUCCAGAACCAGUGGAGUCCAGCAGUCCCAGUCUUCUGGCUCCUGAUAACUCUCUGGAACGAUCCUUCUUCAUCCGGAUGAAAUCGACGCUCACAAAGAGAGGAGUGCACAUCAAGUCCUCAGGAUAUAAGGUGAUCCACAUCACGGGGCGUCUGCGGAUCAGGAUGGCUCUGACGCACAGCCGCUCGGUGCCCAAUCAGAUCAUGGGGAUGGUGGUGGUGGCUCAUGCCCUCCCGCCACCCACAAUCAACGAGGUUCGCAUUGACUGUCAAAUGUUCGUCACCCGAGUCAACAUGGACCUCAAGAUCGUCUACUGUGAGAACAGAAUCAGCGACUACAUGGACCUGACUCCAGUGGACAUUGUGGGGAAGAGGUGCUACCAGUUCAUUCAUGCUGAAGAUGUGGAGGGAAUCAGACAGAGUCACCUGGACUUGAUGAAUAAGGGUCAGUGUGUGACAAAGUACUACCGGUGGAUCCAGAAGAACGGCGGUUACAUCUGGAUCCAGUCCAGUGCCACCAUUGCUGUCAACGCCAAGAACGCAAGCGAGAAGAACAUCAUCUGGGUCAACUACGUCCUCAGUAAUCCAGAGUAUAAAGACACGCCCAUGGACAUCGCCCAGCUGCCAAACCUGCCCGAGAAAACCUCUGAAUCCUCCGAAACCUCUGACUCUGAGUCCGAGUCCAAAGAAAACUCAGACAAUGAGAACGCCAAGUCCGAGGGGAAGCCGGGCCACCAAUCAGAACACAGCGAGGACCCGGAGACAGACAGCAAGCGUCAGCAGCAACCUGGCCAAUCACAUUGCUCCUCAGAACAGGAAAUGAAACGUCAGGAAGAAGGUGAUAGCUCGAGCAACCCUGAGAGCCAGGACAGCGAUGACAGCCUGGAACCUUCAGAUGGAGACGGAGAGGAGCAGGAGGAGGCCAGGGGGGGAUCAGGAGGAGGAGGAGGAGGAGGAGGGGGAGGAGGAAGGCUAGGGAGGUUAGCAGGACUGGGAGGGUUAGGGGGACUGGGCGCCAUCGGAGGACUUGGUAAUCUGGGUGGGCUUCAUAUUAAAGUAGAGCACUAUGGAGAGGGGGAGGAAAUACAGCUGCACAACUCACAAACGUCUUCAUCAGAAGAGGAAGAAGAGGAGGAUGAGGAUGAUGACGAGGAAGAGGAUGGAGGCGUGCAAGAUUGCGACAACGCCAAUGCUGGAAACAAGCUCCAGAAGAGGCGGAAGAGGAGGAAAGUGCAGAAAUGGGACGGAUCGCGAAGUAGGAGGCUUCGUCUGUCCUCAACGACGCCCAGCCCCGUCACCAUAGGGGACACCACGCCACUGGUUGACCCCUCCCAGGCCACGUCCACCUCCUCUUCCCACCUCCUCACCUCCUCUGGCUCCCCAAACAGUGCAGGUGCGGCAUCCUCAGUCCUGAAGAUCAAGACUGAGAUGGCGGAACCAAUCAACUUUGACAACGACAGCAGCAUCUGGAACUACCCACCCAACAGAGAGAUUUCCAGAAAUGAGUCUCCAUACAGCAUGACCUCCAAGCCGGCUGCUGCAGGAACCCACGAGACCUUCCCCUCACCCCAGGGAGGCUCUCUACAGGUAUCCAUCCCCGACUCUGUCCUAACCCCUCCUGGAACUGAGGGAGGAGCUGGAGGAGUGAGAAAGCCUCCUUACAACGGAAGCUCUGCCCCGUCCUCAGCUUCCAGUGCUGCAAGUUUAGCACCUCCCUCCAGCGCUUCUUCUGCUGACCCACUGUCUCCCCCUCUGUCCGCCUCCCCACGGGACAAGCAACAAGGCACUCCCACCACCUCCUCCUCUUCCUCCUCUUCAUCAUCCUCCUCCUCUUCCUCAUCAACCUCUUCCUCUUCACUGCUGUACUCUGGUGACUUUGAGGCCCUACAACGUCUGCAGGCUGGUAACGUGGUGCUCCCGCUGGUCCACCGGGUCACGGGGACCCUGGCCCCCACCAGCACGACGGCUCCACGGGUCUACACCACCGGAACCAUCAGGUACGCGCCAGCGGACGUCACCCUGGCCAUGGCGCAAGGUAACCUCCUUCCCAAUGCUGCCAUGAACUUUGUUGACAGCUCGGGGUUCGGCCUCGACCCUAAGACGCCCAUGGAGAUGCUCUACCACCACGUCCACAGGCUCAACAUGUCGGCAGCAGCAGCCGCUGGCCCAUUUGUUGGAUCUCCGUCAGCCACGGGCGGGAACGGCGCACUAGGAGGCCAGAUGCCAACCGCAGCCAACGUUUUCACGACAGCAGAGGGACUCUUCUCAACACUACCGUUCCCAGUGUACAGCAACGGGAUCCACACCACGCAGACAACUCUGGAGAGGAAGGAGGAUUAACGCAAAACAUUCAAGACCGCAUUACUGUGUUUCCGGAAUCAACAACUGUGUCAAACUAAAAGACUACUCACUAGGGAAAAAAAGAAAGACUAUUUACUUGCUAUCUUUAUCAACACGGUGUAGCACUGUGUUUUCGAGAGGGGAGAAAGGACAGGAAAGGAUGACAAAUGUACUCUAGCACUUUGAAUCUGAGCAACUGAGCUUGUGUAACAGACAUGAAUGACCCUCAAAUAUGUCCCCCUUUUCUAUCUUUUUUCUCUCUCCUCUUCAUCCUCCUCUUCUCCUCUCUCAGUCUCUCUCUUUGCUCCUGUUUCUCGCAAUCAGCAACAAUUUUUCUCCUGAACAAGUGAACAAAAAACCAGACUAUUCUUUAUUGUAAAGAAUUCCUUUUUUGCCUACAGAGAAUUCAUAUUGCCUAAGGACUCCGCUGGAGCCUGACGGGGAUAAUUUUUAUUAUUUGACUUGUUUCUGUUGCAUCUUUAUGAAGAUGCUGAUUGUGUGUAUUUAAAGGAGGACGGUACAGGGGUUUGUUAUGGACAGAAAACUCUACAUGGCGCUCCUCUAUAUGUAUCUUGAUGUGAUCAAGGCUUGAAAAGAACGUUUUUAAACUGAGCGGAGGGGGGCUCUCCUGUGCCCAACAAAGGUCUCAGAGAUAAUAAUCUUUUGAAAAAAGGUUUUUGAGGACGUUUCUCGAUUGAGGGAAUAGUUUAGUUUCUUUCAUUUCUUCCUUUUUUUUAUAAAAUAUUCUAGCUCAGAUUUAACUUACGAAUCAAGCAUUAAGAAGAAAAACAAAAAAAGCAAUUUCAACCGGGUAAUGACCUGUGAAUUAUCGAAUGUUAAUACUUCCUCUUUUAUCCCAGGAGUUUACCGACAGGUCUCGCACCAAACAUAACCUCCUUUACAUCUCUUCCUAUCUCAAUCUGUCAUUCUCGCUCUAAUCUUUCACUACCUGAUCUUGAAUCUUUCUGUCCAUAUUUCUACCUUUCGAUCUACAGAUUCAUGGUGCUACCGACCAUCCAGUAACCCUGAUUCAGCUGGCUGAUGUGGGUGCUGUAAAGGAACCCACAGCUUGUUGACGGACUGAUCAUUGUUUUCUUUUUUUGGAGAGGGAACAAUUUUUGUUUUUCUUUUUUCUUCUUCUUCUGACCUUCAGGAAAGUCAGAAACGCAGCAAGAACCUCUAAAUCAACAGCAUCAUCUCCAUGUUUCACCUUGUACGUCCCUCCUUCGUUUGUCUAAAAAAAAUGCUCAAUCUGAUUGGGCCACGAGGGGAAGCUCCACUUGGCAACAUGGAGUUGAUUGGUUGAAUUUUAGGCUACACAGUGUUGUUUUUCUUUUUAUGUGUUUUCUAACUGAAUCGCUUUUAAUUCUCAGUGAGACUGAGGCUAAUUAGCUAGCAUCACUAACUUGAAAAAUGAAUGUUGAAAACCUCGACCGGCUCCUGUUUGAUCACUGUUUGUUUUAUUUUUGUACUACUACAACUUUUUUCUCCUUUUUUCCCUCCUCCUCUUUUUCCUCUUGUUCUUCUUCCUAAACCAGAAUCACCUCCACAAGAUUUUCCUACACAAUCCACUCUCUUCCAUCUCCAUCGCCGGACCCUGUGAUAAAAACCACAUAUCAACAAGGAGAUUGUAAUAAAGACAUGCAUUUUCAAUCAAUCAAUCAAUCAAACAAUCAAUCCAAUAACUACAAAAAAAGAAUAUGAAUUUGUUUUGAGGAAGAGAAAAAAAAAUCACAUUCCUUUAAACAACGUUGUCUUUGUCGUUGUUCUUCUGUUUUGUGUUUUUUUUCUUCCCCAGCCUCCUUUGCCAAAAAAAAAAAAAAAGAAAUGUUAAUCUCACAAGUUUGGUGUUUUAAAAGCACUGUGAUUCUCGUUCAUUUGUACGUUUUUUUUUUCUUCUACUUUUUUGGUAAAAAGAGGAAAAAAAAGAUGAGAAUAAGUAAUAAUUAAAACGGUAUAAAAACUGUCACGACGUCCAUCUUUUUAAAGUUGACAGCCCCGUCUUUACCAUCCCGUCAUCCUUAUUACCCAGUGUGAUUAAGCCGUAAAAACGUGUUACCGAUGUGUUUAGUGUCACUGGCUGUCAAAAAGUCUUUCAUGGCGACUUCUCUCUCUGUGUGUGUUGACUAUAUGCAGUAUAUACUGAGCUACUGUAGCUGUUUUUGUCCUUUGUCUUCUCUGUGCUCUAUCUCUAGUGUGGGGGGAGGGGGAGGGGUGGGGCUUAGAGUGAGAGGGGCGUGGUCUAUGGGAUGUCUGACAUCCUCCCCAAAAAAGGAGAAAAAAAAAACGACAACCCUCUUUCUCUCUUUCCCCGUCUCUUUCUCUGUCUCCCUCUAUCUGCAGUCUUAGUGAAACCAGUGGAGGUUCGUGGAAUUUCGUGUUCGGUGGCCUUUGCAAAAAACGGAAAAAAAAAUUUGUAGAGUCCACCUUUUUUUUCGCUGCUUCCUUUUUGUCUUUGUAAAACCUUGUUUUUUAUUUUGUUUUCUAAUCCUUCUCUCUCUUUCUCCCUCUGCUAUUGCUUUUUGCUGUUGUGUAGUCUUAUACAAACCUCUUUAUCUCGCUGUCUUUUCUCUCAGAGAUGAAAAGAUUCUUUAACUAGCUCAAAGGUUUAUGGAGCCAUGUUUUUUGCCUCUAAAGGAAUUCUGGGAAUUGCAGUUUCCAGCUCUUGCAUACAAAGUAUUAAAGAACUAAUAAAUAUUUACAUUAUAUAGGAAUAAAUUAUGAUGAGGAAAAGCCCUAAAGUAGCAUCGUAGAUGUAGUCCUGGAAAAAACCAUAAAAGCCUCAGUUGUGAAACAUUUCCCAGAGUCCCUUGGGGCGUCUUGUGUGCAUUGGGUGUAUUUCAUUGGUUCCCACCGAAACUUGUUGACUUCCUGCGCAAACUUCUCUCACGGGACAAACAAAGUUAAACAAGUGGUUCAAGGGGGGAGAAAAAAAAUCACAGUAGAAUUUCAGGACAAAUAAUAAUAAUAAUAAUAAUAAAAAAAACAAUUUUAAAGAUUUCUAAAGAAAUUAAAAGAAAAAAAAUAUUUCGCACUAUAAAUCUAUUUUUAUAGGUGUUUUGGAAAACUGAACUGCAUGUUUAGUAAGUUCGUCCGAUGCGUUUCACGUGAUAGAGCCCGCGUUUUGGUUUUUUGUUUUUUGGGGGGGGGUUGGUGGUUUUCAGUCCAGCAGUUUUUGUGUUUUUUUUUUUUCUUGUUUUGUUUUGUUUUUGUUUUUUUUUAAGUCUGUCUAGCCCAAACGGGGACGCGAUGGAGGCCUGUUGGAGGAAUAAAGUCUGUAUUGUCAAACCAACCUGGGCCUCUAAUCCCCCCGCCCUUCACAUCAGGAAAAACAAUCUGUAGCGUCUGUGCUUUCUGUGAGGAAUCAGUGUCUUGUUACUGCGAUUAACAUGUAAAACAACUACAAAAAAAAAACAAACCCAGGUUAUGAAAUUUAACAAUGUAUUUAUUUAUUUUUGUGUUCAAUAAAGAGAAUGUGAUCAGGGCCACUCGAUCUGUCCGUUGAUUGGUGGGUCGUUUGUGGUUGAAUGUUAAAUUUGUCAUUUCGGGAGCAUUUUUGUUUCCGUGCUCCUCUGGUAUUUUAGCAUUUUCUACUUUUGGUGGUUUUUGCGUGAAAAACGGGGGGCGGGGCACAAAUGAAUGGCAGGGCCCCAUUUGGUAGAGGAAAAAGGGGAUUUGGAGAGGGGGAGGGGCACAUAACUCAGACGAAACCAGGAAAUACACCCACAUGUAACAAAAACCAAACAGCCGGUCCAAGCUGUUUCAAUGUUUUUUCUGUGUUUUAUGUCGAAAAAUGAAAACUUUGCUGGUGAUUUUAAAAACUUAAAAACCUUAAUCACAGCUGCUGUCAAAAAUACAUAGUGUUUAAGAAUUACAAAUAUUGAAAAAUCACUUCAUUUACCUGUGAAGAAACUGUGUCUGUGUUUUUAACUAUUUCUUGUACAAUUAUACAGAUUCUUUUAUGAGGAACUUGGUGCCAAGUAGCUGAAAUACGGGAGAGAGGGAAUCUCUUAUUAUCAAUGUUAACAGUGUUAUAAAAUUCUAAAUACAAACAAAUUAAAAUAUUAAAAAAGAGAAAACUAUGGUACAUUUCUAUUUUUUGUUUUUUUCUUUUCCUCGCAAAAGAGGGAAAACACAUGACUAACUGAUGCUAACUUUGAGUGCCUGGCUUAUUUUAUUAUUAUUAUUAUUAUUAUUAUUAUUAUUAUUAUUAUUAUUUUCAAAAUACAUCUUUUUGAGUUCAUUUACCAUGAAUAAUGCUGCAAAUCCGAAAAUGUACAUACUUCAUUUAGCAGUUGUUCUUUUAUAAGUUUACUAGGUUCUCAUCCGUUCAGAGGAACAUGUCACAUACAUGGUUGUCUUUCUGUAACCCGGUUUUGACCAUCUUACAGGUGCCAUAUUCAUAAUAAAAAUUUCUCUUGAAUUUGUUA